AUGACCUCUACCACACCACUAGGUUUAUCGACCUGGUUCGCGCUAUUAGCCUAUCAAGUUUCAGUCUUCGCAUUGUCUUACCGAAUUUCAUCUUCUUUUUUAUCGACAACAACAAGAAGAAGAAGACUAUCGAUCGACGAGCUACCGGACUCUAUCCUGAUCUCUAUUUUCGACCGCCUUCCGGUGAAGGAUGCCAUCCGUACGUGCGUCCUGUCCCGAAGAUGGGCCAACCUCUACAAAUCCGUUAUCCACCUCGACCUCCGUUGCCACCACCUCGUCUGCCGCCCCUAUUCCCGCACCUGGAUACGCGUCAUGCUUCAACGAUUGGACUUGGACGAUUACCCCGAGCCCAUCGGCUUUUUCCGGUGCUUGAAGAUAGCCGGGAUCGCGCCAAAGUAUUUCCGCUCCCGAAAAUGGCUCGAAAAUCAGCAGCCUCAUCUUCUGCUGCUGCCUGUUCAAGACGUACUACGAACGCUUCGCGCAAUUCGUCUCCGCCCACUUGGGAUCCGAAACUCGUCGUCCAAUGCUGCUGCGAGUAUUAUAAGAACUCGUGCGGUCGCCCGUUUUCCUGCAGCCACCACCUUCCCGAGACUCGCUGCCUCACCCACCUGGAGCUCGAAUCCACAACUCUUAACCCCAACUCCGCAAGUGGGUCCCUUCAGAUUCUUAGCUGAGUCGAGUCCAGCUGGCGGAGGGCUCCCUCGAGUCCCUCCUGUCCGGUGCGCUCCCAGCUAUUCCACCCUGCGCUUCUGUGGGGCCCACAUCAGGCUCGAGUGCCUCGUCAUCGAGAUGUGUGCAGGGGUGAAGGAGAUGAGAUUCCACGCGGCCAGCCUCGUCAGCAUCGAGUUUCAUAACCGUAAGCCGGUCGUCUUUGUAUUCCAUCACGUCCCUCGUCUGCAGACACUGCACGUCAUCACGUGCGAUAUUGAUAUGAUUCGGGUCCAUCUGGAUGAUCCGACCAACACGUUCAGCAACCUCAGGCGAUUAAGGCUCAGACUUGAUCGUACAGCUUACAAGUAUAUGAUCGUCAGGAUGAUUCCGUUUCUAAAAAUGUGCCCCGUCUUGCACGAGUUUCGCUUAGACACAGAAAUUGUGUACAAUGAUGGCCCAAUGAUGAAGAUGCUUUCAUCUGACACACUAAUCCACACGGAGCUGAAAAAAGUGGAAAUAAACGGAUUUUGUGGGACAAAAAACAAGAUCGAAUUCGCAUCGUGCAUACUAGAAAACGCAACAUCUCUGGAGCAAAUGCAGAUAAGCAGGUGCCCGAGGUGCGAUAUUGGAGGCAACCAGCAUUGGUGGAUGCACAAGUCCGAGUGGAGUCAAGAGACGUGCGAAAAGAUUCUCAAACUAGUGAAUGGGCAAAAAGUUUCCAAGAGUGCACGAGUGAUUAUCCAGCAUGUUCCUUCUUACGAUGACGACACUUUGGCCGACAGAUUAUGA